AUGGCGCCUUUGAUUACCCUCGCAACAUGUGCGCUGAAUCAGUGGAGCUUGGAUUUCGCUGGUAACUUGAAGCGGAUCAAGCAGAGUAUCAUCAAGGCCAAGGAAGCUGGUGCAACUCUGCGUGUCGGACCAGAGCUCGAGAUUCCGGGUUACGGCUGUCUCGACCACUUUCUGGAGAAUGAAGUGUACGAUAACUCAUGGGACUCCCUCUAUUCGAUUCUGACAGACCCUGCUCUGCAUGGUAUCAUGAUAGAUGUUGGACUUCCUCUUCUUCACCGGAACUGUAGAUACAAUGCUCGUGCUAUUAUUCUGGAUGGAAAGAUCCUCUGCCUGCGGCCCAAGCUCUAUCUUGCCAACGACGGUAACUUCCGCGAGAUGCGCUUCUUCACGCCAUGGAACAGACCUAGACACGUUGAGCAGUACUACUUGCCCCCAUUUAUUCAGAAACACCAAGGCAGUCGUCAUGUUCCUAUCGGUGACGUUGUUAUCUCCACCAUUGAUACAUGCCUUGCUGCCGAGACAUGCGAGGAGCUGUUCACACCCAACAGUCCUCACAUCGACAUGGGACUCAAUGGCGUAGAGAUCUUCACAAACAGCAGUGGAAGUCAUCAUUCUCUCCGAAAGCUCAACGAGCGCAUUGCUUUAAUUCAAGAGGCUACUCGCAAGAAUGGAGGUAUCUACCUCUACUCCAACCAACUUGGAUGUGAUGGCGAUCGAUUGUACUAUGACGGUUGUGCCAUGAUAUUUGUCAACGGCAAUAUCGUAGGUCAAUCGAGCCAGUUCUCCUUGAAUGAGGUUGAAGUUGUGGUUGCGACUGUGGAUCUUGAAGAAGUGAGAGCCUUCAGGUUUGCGCCUUCACGUGGCAUGCAGGCGGUUGCAGCCCCGGAAUAUCAACGGAUCGAAGUCGAUUAUUCUCUAUCACGAGAAGAUGAAGUGUUUGUGCAAAGCAGAACCCCUGUCAGACCACCACGCUAUCAUCUCCCCGAAGAAGAAAUUGCCCUUGGACCUGCAUGCUGGCUUUGGGAUUAUCUCCGGCGAUCCAAGGCCGCUGGCUUCUUUGUUCCUCUAUCUGGGGGAAUUGAUAGCUGUGCGACUGCCACCAUCGUGUUCUCUAUGUGUCGUCUUGUCAUUCAAGCUAUCGAGGAUGGAAACGAGCAGGUAAUUGCAGAUGCGAAGCGCAUUGCGGCUUUCACCACUGAACUUCCCAAGACGGCUGAAGAGCUGUGCAACCAGAUCUUUUUCACUUGCUAUAUGGGAAUGGAGAAGCAGAGCAGCAAGGAAACAAGGGACCGCGCCAGAAUUCUAUCUGAGAAGAUUGGGUCUUACCACACAGAUGUGAAUAUUGAUGACAUGUUCAACUCCACCAAGAAUAUGUUGACCCAAGCCACCGGAUUUGAGCCAAAGUUCAAAGUUCACGGUGGAACUGUCACGCAAAACCUGGCUCUUCAAAAUAUCCAGGCCAGAUCCAGGAUGGUGCUUGCCUACUACUUUGCCCAGGAGCUGUGUGAGGUCAGAAACCGCCCUGGAGGCGGUGGUUUGCUAGUACUUGGAAGCUCCAACGUAGAUGAAUGUCUACGCGGAUACUUGACAAAGUACGAUUGUUCAUCUGCGGAUCUCAACCCAAUUGGAUCUAUCAGUAAGGUCGACCUGAAGCGAUUCAUUGCCUGGGCCUCCAAAGACUUCGAUCUCCCCAUUCUCCAAGACUUCAUCCAUGCCACGCCUACCGCCGAACUUGAGCCCAUCACUUCUGAUUAUACCCAAAGCGAUGAAGUCGACAUGAAAAUGACCUACGCGGAGCUUUCCCGCUUCGGUACAUUGCGUAAAGUCAACCACCUCGGACCCUUCGGAAUGUUCCUCCGACUUCUCGAAGAGUGGGGUGGUGAAGGCAAGCUCAGCCCACGCGAAAUUGGCGAGAAGGUCAAACUGUUCUUCCACUUCUAUCAGAUCAACCGUCAUAAGCAAACGGUUGCUACACCCUCCUACCAUGCCGAGAGUUAUUCGCCCGACGAUCACCGAUUCGACCUUCGACCCUUCCUGUACCCACCCGGAUUCGAGAGCUGGUCUUUCCAGAAGAUCGAUGCUCGUGUCGAAGCAAUGGAGAAGAGGACCAAAAAGGCAGCCUGA